UUUUGUUUUCCUCCCAGUUUCGUGGCGAAGUGCGAACGUGUACAAACAAAUAGUAGUUUAUGCAAUAAGUUGCAAAAAGAGGAUUUUUUCAGCACGAGUCAUACAUUUAUCUAACGAGGUUCACCGAGUUGGAUAAAUACGACGAGUGCUGAAAAAAAAACAAGUUUUGCAACGAGUUCCAUACAACAUUUUUUGCAAUUCCGAAAAACACCCAUUGAGUGAAAUUUUAAGUCAAAUUUUCAUGUAUUUGUCAAUAAAUCGUUUAAAUCAAAACAAUGUUGAAAAGUGUUACUUUUCGAAACAAGUGCUGAAAAGUUCAACUUUUCAGCACCCAUUUCAGUGCUGAAAAGUAGAACUUUUCAGCAUUUAUUUUGAAAAGUGUUGCUAUUCGAUUCUGUUAUUUUUGGUACAGAAAAGUAGGCUAUUUCGUCGUUCAAGAAUAACAGGAAAAUUUCACACAAACAUAAAAUUUCACGGGAUUUCGCGGAAAAAGCCAAAUUUCGCGGAUUUCACGCUGUCCGCGAAAUCGUGAAAUUUCACUAACCCUAUUCAUCAUCGACGCAGUUGCGGAUUCAGCUGGCGGAGAAUCCGACCAAGGCGAAGCCGAUCGGUUCGCGGCUGAAGGCUACCGUUAAUCGGAUGAUUCAGCGUUGCGUGGAAGAUGGACAUUGCCGACAGGCCGGAUAUGGAUGGACGUGGUGGAGUCUUCGAUUAUGAAGAGCCUCCCCUUCCGCAACACGGUACUGCGUUGCUUGUAUCUGGGCGUUCCACAACAUGUGUCCGUCAACAUGUGCCAGUGUCGGAUCUCUUUGGAAGACCCGUUGGCCGUCGCCGAACUGCUCGACAAUCUGUCUAAUUGGGGCAAACACACGGACCUGAUGGCGUACUACAUCUGUAUGAUUCUUUCACGCAGCAGUUCCUGAGACAGGUUCCGCAGACGCUCAAAGCUACCGAUUCCGUCGAAAUGUAUUUCAAACUCAAGCCGCAAAGCACGAAUGCUGCGCCCGAAGAGCCAAUAUCAAACAAGAGCAAGAGACACACCAGGCGAAAUUUGAGACACAGACGAGAAUUUUUUUCGGAAAGAUCACGAUCGAUCUGCAGUUACAGUUCUCAAUUCGGAUCAACCCCGCGGAUCUGCAGAUCCUGCGCGCGACGAGGAAAGCAUCGCGGGUGUCGAUUUCCCACACGGCGACGGGAGUUGCGGACGCGCACACAGCGGUAUAACGUGCGAUCCGUUCCUGAGCGAUAAUCUGGUGUUUGGUGAUUGGUCAGGGCUACGAAUUGGGAAAAGUUUUCGGCCACGGCCACGCUGCGUGUGUUUUAUCUUGGGCACGAGAUAGAAUCGUUCGUGUUGAUGCAGAGUUAUCUGCCGAAAGAGAGUGGACUGAGCUCCGGAUGUGGCCUGUACGCGCUCGGAUUGAUCCGCUCCGAAUUUGAGAAUUUAAGAAUUUAAGAAUUUAAGAAUUUAAGAAUUUAAGAAUUUAAGAAUUUAAGAAUUUGAGAAUUUAAGAAUUUAAGAAUUUAAGAAUUUAAGAAUUUAAGAAUUUAAGAAUUAAAGAAUUAAAGAAUUAAAGAAUUAAAGAAUUAAAGAAUUUAAGAAUCUAAGAAUUUAAGAAGUUAAGAAUUUAAAAAUGUAAGAA